AUGGUCUUUGUGGCAACAGCCCUGGUGGAGCUUGGAAGAGCCGCCGUGGCCAUCAGCAACUGCGACGGACUGGCUGGCUUGAUUCGGACAGACAGCAACGAGUUCUUCAUCGAGCCCCUGGAGAGGGGGCAGCAGGAGAUGGAGGAGCACGGGAGGGCCCACGUGGUGUAUCGCCGGUCGGCCAUCCGGCAGGACAGCGCCGCACCGCGCCACGACCUCCACCCUGAAGAGCCCGGGGCACAGGUGGGUGACCUCCCCAACUCCCUGGAGCUGCUGGCGGAGCGCCUGGGGGACACGGAGCGCAAGAGGCGCCAUGCCAGGAAGGAUGACUACAACAUCGAGGUCCUGCUGGCUGUGGAUGACUCAGUCGUGCGCUUCCAUGGCAAGGAGCACGUCCAGAACUACGUCCUCACCCUCAUGAACAUAGUGGAUGAGAUUUAUCACGAUGAGUCCCUGGGCGUUCACAUCAACAUUGUGCUGGUCAGGAUGAUCAUGGUGGGGUACCGGCAGUCUGUCAGCCUGAUCGAGCGAGGGAACCCGUCCCGGAGCCUGGAGCAGGUGUGUCGCUGGGCUCACUCGCAGCAGCGCUCGGACCCGGAGCACGCCGAGCACCACGACCACGCCGUCUUCCUCACCAGGCAAGAUUUUGGUCCCGCAGGUAUGCAAGGCUACGCUCCAGUGACGGGGAUGUGCCACCCUCUCCGCAGCUGCACCCUCAACCACGAGGACGGGUUCUCCUCGGCGUUCGUGGUGGCCCACGAGACCGGGCACGUGUUAGGCAUGGAGCACGAUGGGCAGGGCAACCGCUGCGCCGACGAGACCAGCAUGGGGAGCAUCAUGGCCCCGCUGGUCCAGGCCGCCUUCCACCGCUACCACUGGUCCCGCUGCAGCAAACAGGAGCUCAACCGCUACAUCCAUUCCUACGACUGCCUCCUGGACGACCCCUUUGAGCACCAGUGGCCCACAUUACCCGAGUUGCCAGGCAUCAACUACUCCAUGGAUGAGCAGUGCCGCUUCGACUUCGGUGUGGGCUACAAGACGUGCACGGCGUUCCGCACCUUCGACCCCUGCAAGCAGCUCUGGUGCAGCCACCCGGACAACCCCUACUUCUGCAAGACCAAGAAGGGACCACCCUUGGAUGGGACUGAGUGCUCUCCGGGCAAGUGGUGCUUCAAGGGCCACUGCAUCUGGAAGACGUCGGAGCAGCCGUACAGCCAGGACGGCAGCUGGAGCUCCUGGUCCAAGUUCGGCUCGUGCUCCAGGACCUGUGGGGGAGGUGUGCGAUCCCGCAGCCGGAGCUGCGACAACCCGCCCCCGGCAUAUGGUGGGCGCCACUGCCCGGGUGCCACCUACGAGCACCAGGUGUGCAAUGCCGAGGAGUGCCCGGGGCCCUACCAGGAUUUCCGUGCCCAGCAGUGCUCCAAGCGCAACUCCUACUACACCCACCAGAACAGCAAACAUUCCUGGCUUCCCUACGAGCACCACGAUGAUGCUCAGAAGUGUGAGCUGAUCUGCCAGUCUGAGGGCACGGGGGACGUGGUGUUCAUGAACCAGGUCGUUCACGACGGGACACGGUGCAGCUACCGAGACCCCUAUAGCAUCUGCGUCCGGGGCGAGUGCGUGCACGUGGGCUGUGACAAGGAGGUUGGCUCCCUGAAGCAGGAUGACAAGUGUGGGGUCUGUGGGGGGGACAAUUCCCACUGCCGGACGGUGAAGGGCACGCUGGCCAAGACCCCCAAGCAGUCAGUAGGUGUUUUGAAGAUGUUUGAGAUUCCGGCUGGAGCGAGGCACCUUCAGAUAGAAGAGGUGGAGCCAGCAUCCCACAGCAUCGCUGUUAAGAAUCAAGCCACGGGUAACUUCAUCCUGAAUGCCAAGGGCAAAGAAACCAAAAGCCAAGUGUUCAUUGAGAUGGGCUUGGAGUGGGAAUACACUGUUGAACAGGACAAGGAGAGCCUGAAAACCAGUGGUCCCCUGCAUGAGGCCAUCAGUGUUUUGGUCAUCCCUCAGGAGGAGGAGGCGAGGAGCAGCCUGAUGUACAGGUACAUCAUCCACGAGGACCUGCUGCCCAUGAUCGGAAACAACAACGUCCUGCUUGAGGAGAUGGAUUCCUACGAGUGGGCCCUCAAGAGCUGGUCCCAGUGCUCCAAGGCGUGCGGAGGAGGCAUCCAGUACACCAAGUACGGCUGCCGUCGGAAAAGCGACAGGAAGCUCUCUGGCAUCACCGCCAGUGCCGACGCCGGUGACCACAGCCCCACCAAAGGCCAGCGGGUGCCCCAGGACGGAGCCAAAAACCCUGUUAGCAAGAUCUCCUCUAGGGAGCCUUGCCUCGGGGACAAGUCCAUCUUCUGCCAGAUGGAGGUUCUGGCUCGCUACUGCUCCAUCCCUGGAUACAACAAACUCUGCUGUGAAUCCUGUGGCAAGAAAGCCUCCUCCACCACCAGCUCAACCCCCGUCACUGGCCCCAGCGCUCCCUCGGGAAUCACCACUCCCAGCCCCGCUCCGGCACUCUCCCCAUACCCCACACCGGGUGAGGACCCCACUCCAACACCUGGGAUAUCCAGCAGUGGUGCUUUUCCUGGGGGGCUGCCGGCCCCGAGCGAGCCGAGCAGGGGCCAGGCAACCAGGUAACCCCCUCGGGGCCACCUCACCACGGGG